GGGGAAUAGUAGUUUUAUGGCUGCUACUCUCAAUAUUCAGUAUUCCCCACGCAGGCUCAAGCUCAACCCAGCCUACAGCCACGUGGGACCUCUACAAGUAGCCCUGUCGAUCGACCACCAUACUGUCUGGAUCAGAUGACUCUUCUUGCCCACGAUCUCCGCACUCGCUUACCUUAAAAACUCAACUGGGCAAUUUCGUCAACGCAAAAGUAGUGGCACCUCCGAAGUUCAAAGAAACAUCAAGGGCAAUCCUCGAAGUCCCCGAAACAACCAAAAGUUACUGGGCGAUCUCUAAUUUAUCUACGCUCUUUGUGAGCUCAACGAAAAAAACUAUACGCUACAGAGAGACGAAUGUCUCUCCUUGCAUUCGUGAUCCACUGCUAGUGUGACUGUUUGUUUCCCAAAAAAAUUUGGAUCGUUGACGGAGAAUCCGAGAUGGAUUUGACCGAAACCUUGAGGUCCAUCGAUUGGCAGCAAGAAUCAUACCCUGCAUAUGAGGAUUUCACAAUCCUUCCUUUCUUUGCUCUGUUCUUCCCCACUGUUCGGUUUUUCCUCGAUAGGUUCAUUUUCCAGAAACUGGCCAGUCGAUUGAUUUUUGGAAAGGGGGAUGAGAUGCUAGAUGUUGAGACAAGCGAGAGAAGGAAGAAGAUAAGAAAAUUUAAAGAGUCAGCAUGGAAAUGCAUUUAUUAUCUUUCAGCAGAGCUUCUUGCUUUAUAUGUAACUCAUAAUGAGCCUUGGUUUGCUAACACAAGAUACUUUUGGGUGGGACCGGGACAUCAGGUUUGGCCUGACCAACAAAUUAAGUUGAAAUUGAAGGGAUUGUAUAUGUUUACGGCUGGAUUUUAUACAUACUCCAUAUUUGCUUUGAUUUUCUGGGAAACAAGGCGUUCGGACUUUGGGGUGUCCAUGAGUCAUCAUGUUGCAACCCUCAUUCUCAUUGUGCUAUCUUACAUUUUUAGGUUUGCCCGUGUUGGGUCAGUUGUUUUGGCUCUUCAUGAUGCUAGUGAUGUAUUUCUGGAGGUAGGGAAGAUGUCCAAAUACAGUGGUGCUGAAAAGAUAGCUAGCUUUGCAUUUGUUCUGUUUGUUUUGUCCUGGAUCUUACUGCGCCUUAUUUACUACCCGUUCUGGGUCCUAUGGAGUACUAGCUAUGAAGUUCUACUGACCUUGGACAAGGAAAAACACACAGCUGCUGGACCAAUUUAUUAUUAUGUGUUCAAUACUCUUCUAUUCUGCUUGCUUGUUCUUCAUAUUUAUUGGUGGGUGUUGAUGUACCGGAUGCUUGUUAAGCAAAUCCAAGCGAGAGGCCGGCUUAGUGAAGAUGUUCGAUCUGAUUCUGAAGAUGAAGAUGAGCAUGAAGAUUGACCAAGAAACAAAAUUUAUGGCCCCUAUGUAAUGAUCAUUGCAAAGAUGAGAAUGGCGUUACAUCUACAUCUGAUAUGUUCUUUCUUCUGAAUUGAGAAACUUGUUGCUGGAGAACUCCCUUAAAAUUGAAAGGGUUGCAUAUCAAUAUGAAAUCAGAUAUGGAAAGCAGGUUUUAGAGGGUAGCAAUUGGUGACAAGUUUCAUUUUGUCUGAGAUUUUGGCCUAUGCAACUUGCCACCUUACGUUCAAGUUCGCUGGCUGGGAAAUGAUUUAUUGUACGGAAGUUAACAGCUCCUUGAAAGUUUCAUAGAUGUACUGAAAGACUUGAUCCUGCUGAGUUGAGAAAUUCUAGUUUGCCUUUGAUCAUUUUCAUGAACCUUGUUGUGACCCUUUCUUUUACCUUACUGUAGUCUGAUGUGUCCAUGGGCAAGUAAAUAUUUUAGUGAUGAGUUGCUUGGUUGCUGGUGUAAGCCGACAUACAAGUUUCUUCAAUAUUGUUUUUCAUGCAUAUUAAUGAAGAAAACACUUUCUCCU